AUGAUAUACAAAGAUGGUGAACUGCUCUGUACCACACAUAGAGGCGCUGGCCCCCUAGCCUGCAGCUACACAGCUGGAUCCGUAGCGCUAUACGAAGGUUUACGGAGACUUCUCAAAAUAAUUCCCGCAAACAAUCCAAACGCCCUGCAGGGUCUCCAUUUUCACGGUCCCACUGUCGCUUCUCACGUCACUGGAAACAGGCCCACUGACCGUAAAAGGCCCAAUACUACGGCUCCUGUGGAACCUGAUCCUUCAAAUGCAACGUCGCAAAGCCCGCAUACGACUACAAUUUAUAUUUGGACACUGCGGUGUAGUAAAAAAUGA